AUGCGCCGCCGAUUCUUCAAGCAAGAUGCCAGAUACAUUGCCCUCAAGGAGCUCAACGGCGAGGGCAAGUAUCUCCGCGACAGGACAUCCCUAGACUCCAUCGCCCACGACCUGGACACUUAUACCCCGAGCUUCAAGAAGCGCAUGUCCACCGCCUUCUCCAGAAAGUCGUCUUCCCGCCUCUCCCUCACCCUCACAUCCAGCUCCCAGUGGAAGCGCGCUUCCCUCAGCCGCGCCGUCACCGUCACCAGGGGUGCUCUGGCCGGUAUGCCUCUCUACCGUCGUGACAGCCACCGCAGCAACAGCAGCGACAGCGACGACAGCAGCGACGAAGAGGGGGGGAGGGAACCCGUUGAGACCACUGGCGGUCGUGAACUGGCCAAGAAGAGAAUGAGCUGGAUCCCAGACUGGAUGACCACCCCCUCACCCGACUUUGGCUGCACCUUUACCAUUGCUCAUUCUAGCCUCUUCGUGGCGGUUUCGGUUUAA